AUGCUAAUUCUGAGCACAUAUAGACCCAAAAGGAAACGAUUCUUUUGUGACAUGUCUUUCACAUCAAAUCGCGAUAUCUGGAAAACCGAAAUCGACUUUCUAUUGAAUCGAUUUGAAGACAAGAAGAUACCGGCGCUUAGUUUUUUGAAUACAAUCUCCGAUUCAGAGAGAAGUCAACUUAAUUUAGAGACUUAUUCUUUGAAUCAAUAUUUGACAUCAAAGCAGACAUCAAAUUACGGCAAACAAGCCUAUGAUGUCCGCAUCGAAGAGAGCGGUAUUCUGUCCACAGAGUUAAUCAACUUCGGAGUCGCGCUCUUUGUGUUAUCGGUUCGCUAUCCCUCUGUCUUCUGGAAAGUUCACAAAGGAUUUGGAUUUCUUUUCUCAAUACAAAUCGUCAUUAAUUUGAUUCAAAGUCUGUUAAUGUAUUCUGCAUUUCAAGUGGCGCUCAAACAAAGAUUUUGUGGAUAUUUGGCCCACUUUUGCGCAUUCAUUGCACUCAUUGUAUUAGGCGUUUGUUUGGCACCACUUCUCUAUGAAUUUGUACUCAUAUACUGUGGAAGUCUUGACUCUUCACUUCUCGUAACCAUUAUCUCCUCCGCCAGUCAUUUGUUGCUUUGGAUUAUUCUUUGGCUAAUCCUUACGAUUAAAAGCAAAUGGAAUUUCAAUAUGACUUUCGAUUACAACGACUGCGAAAAUCGUUUCAAUUUUGGCGAUCAUUUCGAGAGAAAGCCUUACGCGAGAGGAGAGACACCUCUUCUUGUGAUAGAAAACGGAAAGACGUAUCAAAUUCGCGAAAUGGCCUCAAAGGAAGCCAUCCUCGGAAUGGCUCACAAGUCGUGCUCCACUCAGAAGACGGUCUCUCCCGUCGACGAUGAGGACAUAUAUUGGCUCAAACCCAAGCCCUCCACUCCUCACAAAACACUGAGCAAACAGUCACCAGAGGAUGAAAGGCUCAUGACGUGGACGAAAGGGGAUAAGAAAUUCANUUAUCUUGACCCAAAAGGAAACGAUUCUUUUGUGACAUGUCUUUCACAUCAAAUCGUUUGA